AUGCCUCCUGUCAAGCCAGAGCCAGGCAGCGUCAAGACCGAGAAUGCAGGAGGCUCAGCACAAGGACUGCGACCUGCUAAUGGCAGUGCAAGGUCCAAUCUCAAGGUCGAACAAGACAAGAACGACAUUUCACCACCGCCGCCAACAACAUACAGAGACAUUCCCUUGCUCUCGACCAACUGUGGAGAAUGGCUCACGCAUCUUAUGAAGUUCGCCCAUCAUACUCGUGUCGACCCCAACGAUACUAGGCAGUUCAUUCCGCCACUCAAGCUCAACCGGAAGAAUCCACCGAGGCUCAAGUUGCCUCGUCCCAACCCAGGCGAUCCCAUCACGGACAAGUACAAUCGACCUAUGAUGGGCAAGGAUGGUGAGCCGCUUACAUGGCCUCGUCCCAAUGACGACCUGCAACGUAUUGAGGAGGCUAUCCAGAAGCAAGUUGCUUCCAAAGGUCCCGGUGCAGAUCAAGCUUUGGUUGCACCAGGUGCAAGUGCCAGGCCAGCCAAGAGCAAACUGUUCAAGAAAAAGGUGCGAGAGAUUCACAAAGCAGCGGACAGUGCUAGAAAGACGAUGAAGGAAGAACACUUCCCCUGGGUUCUGGAGGACUUUGAAACAUGCGAGGAAUGGGAAAGCAUCCGUACUCCCAUCCCAACUGGUGCACGCGCCCUGCAAGAUCACAUAGACGAGCUCAAGAACAAGGGCGGCAGAAAGGAGAGCACUGAUGUAAAUGGUCAUGUCAAGAUGCAAGAUUCGUCGAGUAGAGUCAAGUGUGAAGCGGGUGUCAAGCAAGAGUCUGCCGCAUCUGCCACUUCGCAUGCACCUUGGAUCGGAAAGCUGGAGGGUGACUCUAGCUCGGAAGCAUCUUCGCUUCACGUGCUCUUUGUGUUUGACGAGCGGGAUGCAGGUGGUUUCAAGGUGGUCCCUGUCUCGCGCAUGUACAAGUUUCUACAAAAGCCAAAACACUCGACGUUGACCAACGAGCAGGUGGAGCAAGAGUACCAAAAGUAUCAGAAGACUAAAGAGAUGGACCGAUGGGCACUCCGCAACAAGCCGGUUGCGUCCGGCAGCUCAGUGUCAAAGCAGCAAGACAGCGUAGCCUGGCGCAAUUGGCCGCAAGUGAACCAGCUUUCGUUGCCUACGGGCAUGUCAUUUGGCGCAGCUCGUCGUCGUAACCUCAUGGCUGUUCACGGUGGUGAGCUGUUGCGUGAUGAUGAAGAUGAUGAUCAUGCUAGUCGGCCAGGUCGAAGCAAGAGGCAAGACAGUCCCGGUGCUGGCUACGACGAACUCGACUAUGAGGAAGAAUUUGCAGAUGAUGAAGAGCUGCACCAUCCCGAAGCCGAUGUGGCAGAUGACGAGGAAGCCAAGGAGCUCGAAGAACGUCUGAAACGUGAAAUGGCUCGUGCCAACCAUGUCGGUGACGCAGAGGAUGCAGGCCAAGAGGCGAGCUCACCGGAGGAUGAGGAUCAGAUGCUGACAGGAAGCGGCAAGCAAAUGAUGAAGAUCAUGCGGGCACUUGCCAAGCGUGACGGCAACGAAGCCUACCAGAAGGACGACGAUGGACGCAAUCCUUAUGCCUCGGAUGAUUCAGAUGAAGAGGAAGAGUCCUACGUUGCCAAUCCCGAAAAAGCGAUUCAGCUGGCAAGAGAAGAGCGUGAACAAAAAGAAAAGGAAGCAGCCAAGAACAAGGGCAAGUCGACUCCAGGCACCGCCUCUGGUUCCAACACACCUACCGACCGUGUCGAGAAGAAACCUGCCACACUCGGAGGAGGAGGAGGAGUAGUAGUAGUAGUAGGAGGAGGAGGAGGAGGAGGAGGAGGAGGAGGAGGCAACAGUCAGACUCAACAGCGACCAGGAGCUGGGCACGCCAGCCUUGCUCAGCGUGCCACCAGUCCGACUCGGGGUGCUUUCAAGAUGGGAAGCAAGCCAGUCAGUCGAGCUUCGAGUCCGGGAGGUGGCGACUCGCCUCCUCUGGCUUCGGGAGGAGGAUCUGAGGGCGUUGCUGGCUCUGCUGGCUCUGCUGGUUCUGCUGGUUCUGGUCUGAAACGUCGAGCUGACUCGCCUGGUGCAGGUAGCGCUGCAGGAUGCAAGGGAAGCCAUCGACCGGAUGCCAAACGGGUCAAGACGGGCAGUACUGGAUCUCGUGCAGGUUCUCCCUCGGGAUCGUCGCCGGCCGGAUCGAAAGCUGCUUCGCGUGCUGGUAGUCCUGGUGCAGCACGUAUUCCUGCAAACGCAGUCGAGGCUGAGAUCAUUCAACUCAUUCGAGAGGGCAAGAUUGCCAACACGAGUGAAUUGGUGCAGCACUUCCGAAAGAGAUUGAAGUCCGAACCGCACAUCAAGGAUCAGCUGAGUGCAGCGGUGCGUAAGGUGGCAGUGAUGGACAAGGCUACCAACCGACUCAAGCUCAAGGAUGGCUUCUGA